AUGAAUACAAGUGUGGUAGCAAACGUUGAAGAGAAGCCUGCGGUGGGCGAUGAACUUCCAUACUCGCCCGAACAGUUUCCGGGAAAGGUGUGCUGUUUAUGCAAUCUGGGUGAAAGAAGUGCCUUGGGCCAGGGGGCAAUUCUGCAACUUAAGGCUCCAGCGGACAUCAAAGAUGAAUAUCCACCUGAUCGGCUCACAGAAGAUGGGAGUCGGCCGUAUUAUGGCUCCAAACAGGAGGCCACUGGCGCGGCCGAGAGCAACUAUGAGUUGGACAAAAUUGGCCAAGCGGAGAUAGUGCAUCCUUCACAGUUCCUCGAUGAGGGCUUCGUUUAUGUGCACCGAAUGUGUGCUAUGUGGUCAUUGCGCAAAACAAAGAUGACCGAUUUGGAUGCUGCCUACUUUGUGAACCAUAUUGGCGGGUUCUUAGAACAGAAAUGCAACUUUUGCGGCCGAUAUGGAGCCUCCAUCAAUUGCAAGAUGAUCUGCCGCCAAGUUCAUCACUGGCCGUGUGCCGCUGCCGCCGGAUGUCUGCUGAUAUUGGAGAGCUUUACAGUAUUUUGCACAGAGCAUUUGAGCCAAGUGCCUUUGAUAUGUAGUGACAAUAACGUUGAGUGUCUAUCCUGUUCUUCGCUGGGGGAUCUAUCGAAGCUGAUUAUGUGCAGCACCUGUGGGGACCAUUUCCAUUCCACCUGCAUCGGUUUAGCCAAUAUGCCAGACACCCGUUCUGGAUGGAACUGCGCUCGCUGUACCAAAUGCCAAAUUUGUCGACAGCAAGAUUCAAAUGAUUUGAAAUACGUCAAGUGUGAGCAGUGUCAGAAGAUCUAUCACGCCUCCUGCUUUAGGCCCGUAAUCUCAGCAAUUCCAAAAUAUGGAUGGAAAUGCAAUCGCUGUCGCGUCUGCACGGACUGCGGAUCUAGGACUCCCGGUGGUGGUAGCUCCUCUCGUUGGCAUAGCCACUACACCAUCUGCGACUCUUGUUAUCAACAGCGAAAUAAAGGAUUUUCCUGCCCGAUUUGCCAGAAGGCAUACAGAGCAGCAUCCCACAAGGAAAUGGUCAAAUGUAGCUGGUGCCACAAAUUUGUACACAGUACAUGUGACGAGGAAGCAGACCUUACGGCCUAUCACAAGAAGAAGGAACAGAAUCCGGACUAUGAUUAUGUCUGUCCAAACUGCAAGUUGAAUUCUUCUGGUCCUGCCCAGCCUCAGCAGUUGAUUGACUCCAUCGUGUUGACUGCCAUGGACUCGUCCGCUGAGCAGCUGAGCGUAAAGGACUUGGAACUUGUUGAUCCCUUGGAGGGCAAACCCAUUGCGGAUGUGUCCACUGAGGAUGUGCAGAAGAUGCCGCCCACUGGUAAAAAGAAAAUGUGCCUGACAAACGUACGCGGCAAGAGUGGAAAAUUCGUGCUUCAGCGCAUGGGCGUGCUCUCGCAGAUAAACAAAAAACGCAGCACGCGUGGCAAGGGACGGACGAUUGUGCUGCCAAAUCUUUCGAGCGAUCGGUAUGUAAAUCGUAACGUGGAUGCGGACCUAACCAGCGACAAGAAGAUGGUACUGUGCUCCACGCGAGACAAGUAUACGCUGAAUCAGGAUAUUUGCGUCAUGUGCGGCUCACUGGGCAUUGAAAGUGACGCGGUAAUGAUCACCUGCGCCCAGUGCGGCCAAUGCUAUCAUUCGUAUUGUGCCAGUGUCAAGCCCUCCAAGGGAAUUCUUCAAAAAGGUUGGCGCUGCCUCGACUGUACGGUGUGCGAGGGAUGUGGCAAGAAAAACGACGAAGCGCGGCUGCUGCUGUGCGAUGAAUGUGACAUUUCGUACCACAUUUACUGUGUCAAUCCCCCGCUGGAGACUGUGCCCUCUGGCAACUGGAAGUGCUCCUUCUGUACGCUGUGCCAAAAGUGCGGCCUAAAUCCCACGGAAAAGAGUGAUUAUGGCGACUCCAACAUGCCCGAGUGCCCGCCUUGUACCAGCCAGUCGGCUUGCUCAGUGUGUCGGAGUUCUUAUAGCACCGGAGAAAUGAUAAUUCAAUGUGAAAACUGCGAGCUGUGGUCGCAUUUCCUGUGCGACUCCAUAAACGCUCAGCUCAACAUGGAGCACUAUGACCAGAAUGUCUACAAGUGCCUAAAGUGUCGUUGCUCUGGAAAGCCGCCGCAGGCACUGACCGACGGGAAACCCGGCAGCUCCAGCUCCCAGACACAGUCCAAUAAGGCAUCGGCUCAACCAGGCUGUGGUGCAGAUGGAAAGAAUGCCAGUGGCUCGGAUCAAAGCCAAAUGACUUUGCCGAGCGAUCUGAUCGAGACCACACCAGAGGCUAUCCAUUGGAUUGACGGUGUGUGCCUGAGUGAGAAUGGAUUAACCAUGAUUAAGUCCCUGUCCACUGAGAUCAAGCGGAAGCGGAAAAUGCGACAAACAAUUGGCAAUGGCAAAGACGCGCUGGCUGAUGCUGCGGCUGCUGAGGAGGCUCAAAGCGAGAAGUACAAAGACGGCAUGGUCUGGGAUGGCACGGAGAAUCCCAUACCCGAGGGCUUCACCAUUACCACAAAUGACGAGGGUGUGCAUAUACUGCGCAAGAAACGGCAGCGCAACUUGCAGAAGCUGGGCAUUGGUGGGUUCUCGGUGCGCAAUCGAGCACUCAAAAAGGACAAUGAGGAUACGCCAGCGGCCGAUCAGCUGAAUGCCAUUAUGGUUAUGGACAAAAAGAAGAAAAUUAUACGCAAGAAGCAGAAAAAUAAGCUCAUCGAAGCGUAUCCACCGUACUUGCAAGAGGCCUUCUUCGGCAAGCCGCUAUUGGAGUCGGGCGAGCUGGUGCUUGGCGAAUCAGACUCCUCCGAUGAAAUUGAUGCCUCAAUGAAAAUGUACUUUACGCGUGUCGAGGGCAAGAGCCCCGAUCAAGAUGCUGCACUGGCCACCAAGAGUCCCGCCAAGUCGUUGAAGAAGGUGAAAGCUGAGAAGAAUCAGCCCGAAAAUAAAAAUACUUUGACAGAGCAAAUAUCAAUUGGAUCCGGACUCCAGCCGAAAACAGCUAAUGGAUUGACAGCAAACGUUUUUGACCCCUCACAAUCUGAACUAUCGAAUACUGUGCUGGCCAGCAGGAAUCCUUUGGAUUCCUUGGCCUCGCCAAACAUUUCAGAGCUGGACGGAAUGAAUACGUCUGUGAACUCGGUGACAUCAUCCGAAAAUACGGAAAAGUCUAUGCGCGAAUCACCUGUUGUCUUGGUCAAUAACUACGUAGUGCCUCAACAGAUUGUGCCCGAACAGAAGUUCCACAAUCAAAUAUACUUGCCGGGAAAUGUUGUUGCCAAUCCCCCACAGCAGCUGCACUAUCACCCGCAGCCGAAUAAUGCGAACAAGCAGAAAAUGCAAGGCAUGAUGGGUCAAGUGUGUUUGCAGCCCGAAAAGAGAGUCGAGGAAGAGCCCAAGCCAGUGGAGCCCGUCGCGGAGAGUUUGAAUGCGGGCACACAAAAGACCGCUGAGAAAAUGCGCAAGGACGAAGAUCUUGGUCUAAUGGCAACCAUUUCGGCGGUACUGUAUGCCAAUACUGAGCAUCCGAAUCUCAAGGAUCUGUUUCCGAACUGGAAUGAUCGCUGCAAGCAGAUUCUAAAGAGAUGGCGCUCCUUGUGCAACGAAAAGAAGGCUCCGUUCUUGCAAAAAGCCAAGGAUAAUCGCUCGGCCUUGAGGCAGAGACGGGAGCAGAACAAGAUCCCUCUGCCCGCAAAGCCCCAGAAGCAAGAAGAAAUUGGACGACAAUGGAAGCAUCAAACUAAAUUGAAGGAGGAGCAACCCAAUAUGUUUGUCAAUUAUAAUGGCAAUCAAUAUGACUCGUCGUGCUAUGUGGGUGGCCCACAGCCGGCCGCAAUUAAUCCACAUCUUGCGUCCCCAAGUUUAAAUGAAACUCUCGUAGUCAAGGCGCCGAUGCAAAGAGCCAUUGCUCAUGCAUCAGCAGCAGCCACAUCAAGCACUGUGAAAAUGUCCACAGUAGACAAUCGACUGGAGUUGAAUUCAGUUUAUGGAACCGAGCCAAUUGGCGACAAAAAGCUAAGGAAUCUAUUGCAGAAAAAUAGCACAGAGCCCAUGCUAAUGGGAUCAAACUCUGAACUAUUUCUACAAAAUGAUGUGCUGCGGAUGGGUAUGAUGUCGAAUACGCCGCUAACACAGAACAAUCCCAUGAUGAGCGUGAGUGGUAAAGCACCGCCAACGGAUGGCAGAAGCCUGGAGCAAGAUGUAAAGAUGAACGAGGCGCAGGAGGGUGCAGCUUCUGCUGUCGAGCUGGAAAAUGUUGGAUUCGGUGACCUUUUGGGCGGGCUGGGUGAAGGUGACGAUGACGACUUGCUGAAGUCGCUAACCUCUGAAAUAGGCGAUGACUUUAACAUUCUUGAGUAUGCGGACCCCGAACUAGACGUCAACGUACUGAACACCUUAGACUUUGACGACAAUGAAAAAUGUUCUACAUAGGUGAAUAGUAAUGUGGAUAAAUAUGACACAAAUUGAGAUGCGAGAUAUAAAAAGUAUAUUGUUGGUGGUAAUGUUACUUAUAUAUCAUGUUUUUCUGCAAAUUUUUUAAAUAAAACCGCUUACAAAAUAAA